CUAAACAUUUCCCGCGCGCUAUUGCUUUGUCCAGAUUUCAGUUAACGCCAUAACAGUAAAACAUCAAGAUGGCAGGUAUACUGGAUGUCCCCAAAACAAGAAUAACCUGCGCUAUGUUGUCGCAGUACAUAAACAAACCGGUCUGCUUCGUUGGGCGUGUUGAAAAGGUUCACCCAACAGGAAAAACGUUCACCGUCUCGGAUGGAGAAGCAAAGAUUGCAACAGUUGAACUUAACGAUCCCCUGGAUGAAGAGCUGAGCGGUGUUGUGGAGGUCAUUGGUAUGGUGUCCAACAAAGGAGCAAUAAUGGCGACCACAUACAACCUGCUGCGAGAGGACAAGGGCAUUGCUUUUGAUUUAGAGCUGUACACUGAAGCCCUGAAAGUGGUCCAUGACUUCCCGCAGCACUACCCUUUUGAAGUGACGACAAGUGGAUGAAGUUCGGCGAGAUCAGCGUCCAUCGUGUUUUGGUUAUGGGCCUCGUUUUGUACAAAUUAAAAUGUGUAAUCUCAAAUAAGUUCUGUCUGUGAAAUAAAACCUGUAAAGACCA